UCCAGACACACAUACACACACACUCCUCAGUGGAGAGUCUGCAGUGUGCUGCCAGUCUGUGAGCUGGAGAGACACUCUGACGACACACAAGAGAAAUCUUCAAAAACAAAACUUCGGUGGCAACUUUUUGCAAUUUUUUUUUUUUACCAACUGUGGAUGUAAAUGCAAGUCCUACCUUUUGCAUUUCUUGUUUCCUCUGAGGUCUGAUUUAUUUCCACAGAAAGCUGCGAUGCUUUCAUUCUACCUCUUGACUUUUGCUGUCUCCAUCCAAGCCCACAACCAGCUGUUGCCAGGCUCAUGCAACUUUGAGUCCAACACCUGUGAAUACACAUCAGAUGCAGGCUUUACAAGUUGGACCCUGCACAAAGAUGGCCGUUUUGUUGCAGUGGACGCAGCCACGGACGAUGAACAGGAUGAUGAGAUAGGUGCAGAUGUCAGACCACAAGCGAAAGAGAUCACAGGGGUCCUGCUGAGCCCCACUCUGGACCAGGGAGAGUGGAGCUGCCUGAGGCUAGUCUACCAGAUCAGUGGGUCGGGAAGCCUGGAGGUCCUGCAGCGCACGGAGGGAAAGAGCUUUGACAGGCCACUAUGGAGCAGCCAGGCGCCCUCUGACAGCUGGGUCAUCUCAAGCAUGGAUCUGCAGAACAAUACUGAACCUUACAGGAUUGUCAUCGAAGGUAAACCCGGACAGAGCGCUGGGAGCAGCGUGGCCAUCUUUGAGAUCCACAUAAGCCCCGGAUACUGUCUGGAGUGUGAUUUUGAGGAGUCUCACCUGUGUGGAUACAGUAAUCAGUGGAACGCCAAUGUGAACUGGUAUGUGGGAGGAGGUGGGGUCCAGGUGCUUAACAACAACAUACCAAAUGACCACACAUACAACAAUAAGACAGGUCACUUGAUGUAUGUGGAUUCCAUCUACGCCAAGACUUUCAAAGAAGUGGCCAAGCUGGUGUCUCCCAUGACGAAGGUGCCCAUUUCUGGGUGUCUGAGCUUUCAGUACCAGCGAAGCGAGGAAAGAGGGAACCUGUUCUCUGUUUUCACCAGGGACCCACUGGGUCAGUACCAGGAGCUGUGGAGAGCAGGCACAGAAAGCCAGAAUGAGUGGAGCGGGACGCUUGGAGAAUGGAUACCUGUGCAGGUGGACCUGAAGGCACCAUACUCCAUACAGGUGGUCUUUGAAGUGGCCUUUAACAGUCAGAGAGGCGGACGUGUGGCAAUUGAUGACAUUUCCUUUUCUCCAGAGUUUUGCAGCACAGACACUGAGCCGAACUUUGACCCCUCCAUCGCCAACUGUGACUUCGAGUCAGGUCUCUGCCAGUACAGCCAGGACCAGAUGGGGUCACCGUGGAGGAGAGUAUCCGUGAAGCCCAACAUAUUUAGGAAUGGAGACCACACCACAGGGGCAGGAUCUUUCCUGUUGGCUCACUCCCGGCUGAGUCCACAAUCUGGUUACGUUAGCCACCUGAUCGGUCCAACUCUGCCUGGGAACAUGAAGUACUGCCUGAGAUUCUACUUUUCCCUGAGGGGUUUCAACCAGACAGAUCGGGCUCUUGCUGUGUAUCUGCAGCAACGGAACAACAGCCAGGAGAAGAUCUGGACUCAGGCAGAGAAGUCCAGAGGAAUCUGGAUUGCAGCGGAUGUUACCUUCCAAACGUCACAGCCUGCCAAGGUGGUUUUCAUUAGCACCUGCAGGAGCUUCUGGGACUGCGGUUCUGUGGCUUUGGACGACAUCAGCGUGAACCUCGGAGACUGUGAGCUGACAGCAGGUUCGUUGUUGUCGUCUCUCUCUGGACACUGUGACUUUGAAGCCGGUCUGUGCGGUUACACUCAGGACAAGCAGAGUGAUGAUGCUGACUGGGAGUUGAGGAGAGGACCCACCCCGACCUCAUACACCGGGCCAAGAGGAGAUCACACCACAGGACUUGGAUACUAUCUGCACAUGGAGGCAUCGCCCCUACUGCCCGGUCAGAGUACCCGGCUGCUGUCCCGCCCUCUGAGGGGCUCCAGGGGCCUUCAGUGUCUGCGCUUCUACUACCACAUGUACGGCUCGGGCACGGGCCAGCUAAGCGUUCACCUUGGCAAGGACGGAGAGGACGUGUUGCUGUGGCAACGGAGCGGCGAGCAGAGCAUCGCCUGGCUGAGGGCCACGGUGGAGUACCAGAGUGACAGCCAGCAUCAGAUUGUGUUUAAAGCGAUCAGGGGUUCAUCAGUGAGGAGUGACAUCGCCAUCGAUGACAUUAUCUUGGAAGGUGGACCUUGUCCAGCAGUGGAAAUCAAGUCCAACGUGGGAAGCUCCAAUGAGAUCGAGUAGAAGACAAGAGGAGAGCAGCUGUGUAGGAUGCAUGAACCCUCUUUUGUUUUUUUGUUUUUUUUUGCACAUUUCAGACUCCUGACUCCUCUGAAAAUGUAGGGAUGCGGGUAAAAUGCAAACUUUUCAUGUAGUUCUGUUUUCAUGGAUCAACACAUAUCAGUUGUGUCAUAGUCAGCAUUUCUCUCUGCGCUGUAGUAACAGAGAGUGUGUUAAACUGUGUUUUUCUUCACAUUUAUUUGCAUUAGAUUAAUGCUCAUUGCUCCAAAUAAAGCGAGAAGGUUAUUCAACAUUAAA